UGUGGGAAUGCGGGUAGGAUAAGAAUUUAUAAUGAAAUAUAACGAUAAAUAACGAUAAAUACAUAAAACAUGGUCGUAAACGUUACAUGUUACAAUAAUAAACGAUUGUAUCGUAGUUUAAUUUAUUAACGAAUUAACCUUAGCUAACUCACUGCAGCUGUGCAGAGGUAUAGUUAUAUGCAUGUUCAGUUCUUUGUUCGAUUCCAGUCAGAACCAGAAUUUGGACCCUGCACUGGUUGAUUUCCUCUCGCCUGGGCCCAGGAAGAAGUCAAACCAACACCAUUGUUUAGUGAAAGCUUCUUAGUUUAAUUAUACAGAAAGCACAGUAUAUAUACACACAGAAGUAUUGAUAAAGAAUAAAAAAUGUCAAUUGGAACAGGUCACAGAUAAAUUCAAAACAUCUAUUGUAGGUUCAAGUGACAUAAGAACUACAAGACGUCUAGUCUACCAGAUAAUAAGAGAAGAAGAAGAACCGAGAGAGCGAGAGAGCGAGGACGAAAGGCGGGGUUUAAGUAUGGUGCAGAACUACAAGCAGGUGUCUGGAGUGUGUUCUCCAUCCAACACUGACGAGUUCCUCACACUAGCGCACGAGGAGAACGUCCGCUUCAUCCACUACACCUGGCAGUGUGUGAUGAGGGAGAUGCAGUCCUUUCAGGGAACUGAAAACAGCAACAAGGGACCUCAGAAGUACGUGGAGAGAACACCGAACCCCAGCCUGAGCUCCUUCACGCCGGUGGAUUUGAACAGCGUGCGACGGAGGAACGCGCAAGACUCCAAAAAGUCUUAAGGACAACACCAUCACGUCUCCACAAAGCUGUUUCUCUUUUAUUUUAUUUAAACAGACUUUAAAUACAAAGCGUGUCCUCAUUUCCUCUGCUCUUCUGCACGUUAUGUUCUGAAGUGAGUUUUAGAGGCACUGCGUUCGUCCUGCGCUUUAUUUCCUGUACAGUAAACGUUCCCCCGGCUCCGGGGUCAGCACUUCCUCACAUCUGAUCGGAUCUGAUCAGAGCCGUUGUGCUGAAUCAGACCUGAUUUUAUCCUCCACUGAGCUGUUCGAUGCUAAAAAGUGGGUGUGUCAAACCUCAAAAACACAGGCGUCAAUCACAACAUCGUUCUGUUUCCGGCGUCAAGUCGAUGUUUUACCGUCCAGUCCUUCAGCACUGAAAUAUUAUUAUUAUAUAUGUAUUAUUGUUACAUGAUGGGAGUCUACUUUUAUUAUGUUUAGCUUUUUAUUUUGCCCAGUGCAACCUGAGUAACACACUUCCUGUUUAGUUUAAUGGUUUUUGACAGUAAAUCAGCGGAUACUCAUUUUUGCACCUUCUUAAAACAACAAUCUGUUCUCUCCAGUUGUAGCCCCGUCGGAUUUACUGACCUCAACGUUUCUCCACAAUAAACCUAUUAUAUUAAGGGUUGAUUGUCUUUGAAUCUGUUAUGAACUUUAAAUAAAAUAUCCUCAAGGGUUCUAUGUAUUUUCAUA